AUGGGCUUCAAGACCCCCUGCAGCUCCUUCGCGGUGCUGCUGCUGCUGCUUUGCCUCCGGGGGUCCCUCGGCGUCCCCACCUUCCGCAAGGAGAGGGGCGUCCACCCCGACCCCGAGCUUCGCAGCCAGCAGCACGAAGACAACCAGAGCUUCCAGUAUGACCACGAGGCCUUCCUGGGCAAAGAGGAAGCCAAGACUUUCGACCAGCUCACCCCAGAGGAGAGCAAAGAGAGACUGGGGAAAAUUGUUGAUCGAAUCGAUGAUAACAAAGAUGGCCUGGUCACAACAGAGGAACUGAAAAACUGGAUCAAACGGGUGCAGAAACGCUACAUCUUUGAAAAUGUGGCUAAGGUCUGGAGGGAUUAUGACCUCAACAAAGACAAUAAAAUUUCCUGGGAAGAAUACAAGCAAGCUACAUAUGGCUAUUACCUAGAAAAUCAAGAGGAAUUUCAAGAUGCCACAGAUCAGCACAGUUUUAAAAAAAUGCUGCCCAGGGAUGAAAGAAGAUUCAAAACAGCUGACCUGGAUGGCGAUUUAGCAGCCACUCGGGAGGAGUUCACGGCUUUCCUUCACCCGGAGGAGUUUGAGCACAUGAAAGACAUUGUUGUUCUAGAAACAUUGGAGGACAUAGACAAAAAUGAAGAUGGAUUUGUGGACCAAGAUGAAUACAUUGCUGAUAUGUUUGCUCAUGAAGAUGAUGGUCCAGAGCCUGACUGGGUAAUAACUGAACGUGAACAGUUCGCGGAUUUUCGUGAUAUAAACAAGGAUGGGAAGAUGGAUAAAGAAGAGAUUCGGCACUGGAUCCUCCCGCAAGAUUAUGACCAUGCUCAAGCUGAAGCCAGGCACUUAGUCUAUGAAUCAGAUGUUGACAAGGAUCAAAUGUUAACCAAAGAAGAGAUCCUAGACAACUGGAACAUGUUUGUUGGAAGCCAAGCUACAAAUUAUGGCGAAGACCUCACAAAAAACCACGAUGAGCUAUGAUAUUCUUCGGAAAGCAAAGACAGCAAAGAC